UUCAAAAGCUGAUCUAUGAAACUUGCUAUCCUCCACCAGUGACAGAGUCUGGAGGGAUUUGGUAAUAUUCCCAAUUAAACGAAAUAGGAAUCGCGUAAAAUAAUUGCAGGACUGAAGCAGAAGCUUUUUUAAUGAACUUUGGCCCGUAAGAGGAAGUGCAGAGUCAGUGUUCUACUGGACUGGCGUUUGGUCGCUGUCUCCAACUUUUCCUUUAAUUUAAAUUUUAAUACCGACAGGAAUGGGGACGCGAGACGACGAGUAUGAUUACCUGUUCAAAGUUGUCCUGAUUGGUGAUUCGGGAGUGGGGAAAAGCAACCUCUUAUCACGCUUCACACGCAAUGAGUUUAACCUUGAAAGCAAGAGCACAAUUGGAGUGGAAUUUGCAACAAGAAGCAUCCAGGUGGAUGGGAAGACGAUUAAAGCCCAAAUCUGGGACACAGCUGGUCAGGAGAGAUAUCGAGCUAUCACAUCAGCAUAUUAUCGUGGAGCUGUAGGUGCGUUAUUGGUUUAUGAUAUUGCCAAACACCUAACAUACGAGAAUGUGGAGAGGUGGUUAAAGGAGCUGCGGGAUCAUGCGGACAAUAAUAUAGUCAUCAUGCUGGUGGGGAACAAAAGUGAUCUGCGUCACCUCCGAGCUGUGCCCACAGACGAGGCAAAGGCCUUUGCAGAGAAAAAUGGACUGUCAUUUAUCGAAACUUCAGCCUUGGACUCGACAAAUGUAGAGACUGCAUUCCAGACUAUUCUCACAGAAAUUUAUCGUAUUGUGUCUCAAAAGCAAAUAUCGGACAAGCGUGAAAAUGACAUGUCCCCAAGUAAUAAUGUGGUCCCCAUUCACAUGCCUCCAACUACUGAAAACAAACCAAAGAUGCGAACCCGGUCGGGACGUGUUGGGAAAGAUAAAGAUCGAGAUUGA